AUGCUUGAAUUCUAUCCAAUGCCCACAAACUUGAGUCGUGGCGCUGGCUUUUAUUCACACCAUCAUCAGAAUCAUGGCGGUACGCGUACAUUUGGCAAUGCGCCCAAUUCGGUCGGCAGCGCAAUUAAUGCAACUGUAUUGAAUAAUAGUGGCAACUGUGGACAACAGCAACAACAACACAACAGCAGUACACCAACAACAGCAGCCACUUCGACACCCGCUACAUCAACUGCAACCGUUUCCGCAACUGCAACAGCAGGCACGUCCGUCGCGUCACCGCACCGCAUCAGCGACCCCCCAACAAAGGCGGCUUUUAACAUAGCCGCAAGCGAAAAAGCCACUGCGGCAGCCCCCGAAGUCAAUUCCAGUGCAACACUUGCAACCGCCAUACCCGCGUGUCCCGCCGCCGCCACCGCCACCUCCACGGCACACAUUUUAAUGAUACCCACUUCAAUUUCAACAUCGUGUUCGUCAUCACCUUCGUCAUCGUCAUCCUUAAUGACGGUGUCCGCCUCCGUUAUGGCUCCAACAACGGCCGCUUUAUUGCCGACGGCGACGGCGUCGACGACAGCAUCGCUGUCCGAGCUGUCUGCGGGCUGUAAUGGUCGAACAGAAGUUGGACAGGUGAAGUGCGAGAAGAAUUACGAAAUAUGCGAAGGUUGCGGACAAAAGAUACACGAUCGUUAUCUCAUGAAUGUCGGCGAAUCGAACUGGCACGAACACUGUCUAUCUUGUUGUUAUUGUGGAAUACAGUUGUUCAAUACCUGCUACGUGCGCAAUUCAAAGCUUUAUUGUAAACACGAUUACGAACGAUUAUUCAGCAUCAAAUGCACCUUCUGUUGUCAUCCGAUUCUGCCACAUGAGAUGGUCAUGCGACCGAUACCCGCUUUUAUUUACCACCUGCCUUGUUUCAUCUGCUACAUCUGCCGACUGCCACUGCAGAAAGGUGAGCAAUUCCUGCUGCGUGACGGCCAGCUCUUCUGCUGUCGACACGAUCUCGAGAAAGAGCUCUACUUGGCGACAGCACAGCAUUGCGGUUUCGUCGGACUGGAUGAUGAUGAUUUGAUGCGUCCGCGUGAUGGACGACGCGGCCCAAAGCGACCACGCACCAUAUUGACAUCACAGCAGCGGAAACAAUUCAAAGCGUCCUUCGAUCAAUCGCCCAAGCCGUGCCGCAAGGUGCGCGAGGCGCUCGCAAAGGACACCGGACUGUCGGUGCGCGUAGUGCAGGUGUGGUUUCAGAAUCAACGCGCCAAAAUGAAGAAAAUACAACGUAAGGCGAAAAAUGGCGGUGGCAAUGGCGGUGCGGUGAGCUCGCGCAGCGGCGAUGAGAAGGAUAUGGGUAAGGACGACAAGGAUAUAAAGCAGGAAUGUGGCAUAGCUGGUGUCGAUGGCGCUUAUUUGAGCUUAGGCGACAGCGGUUUCGGCAGUCAACCGCUAAAUCCGAAUCUGCCCUUCUCGCCCGAUGAUUACCCGCAUAAUUCCAAUGAUAGUUUUUGUAGCUCCGAUUUGUCCUUGGAUGGCAGCAAUUUCGAUCAACUGGACGAUGACACUGAUUCGUUGUCACUCAACAAUCUGGAGCUGCAGUCCACCGGCUCCUCGGGUAAUCAACAUUCCAAUCCACACGACAUCAUCGCCAAUCUCAGCACGAGUCUCGUCAAUCCGAUUGACAAGCUGUACUUGAUGCAGAAUUCUUACUUUAAUGUAGAGCAAUAAACCAAAUUGACCGUUAUGGAAUAGAGGAUACGAAUUUAUUAGUAUUAAGCUACAUGUCAAGUUGGGUGGGGACUUGUUGUGGGCGCAGCAGGCACCAUGUACAUGCAUAUGUAUAUGUGAGUUGAGCGGACUUUGUUGUACGUCCCAGGGGCAAAAA